AUGAUAUUAAGAAACAUAGCCUUACGGCAUGGCCGAAGAGCACUCGCACCGCCUUUACGCAAAUCCUUCCUCCGCUCCCUUACUACCGAUACCUUAACCCAGGACUCAAUAUCAGUCGAAGAAUCGAUCGGCCAGCAGCAAACCUCGGCGUAUUCCCACGAGCUUCCGAUUAAUCCAUUGCACUUUUCAAAUCCCAACAAUGCCACACGCGCUAAAGAAGGCGUCAAAGAGAAUUACUUCUUGACCAAGCAUUUAAAGAAACGUACUGCAAAGCUCGGAGCUGUAGUCGAGCCAGUAUACGUACCGGACACCUUCGUUCGAAAUCCGCCAAAGCCCGAGGACGUGACAUUGGAACUGUUGCUAGCAAGCCAGAGUCACCUAGGACAUAGCACAAGUCUGUGGAAUCCAGCGAAUCAAAGGUACAUCUUUGGGAUUCGGCAAGGCGUACACAUUAUCUCUCUAGAAGAAACAGCAGCCCAUCUUCGGCGUGCGGCGAAAGUAGUGGAAGGCGUUGCAUAUCACGGAGGCUUGAUUCUGUUUGUUGGAACGCGCGCAGGCCAAUCGUCAGCGGUAGUAAAGGCUGCUGAACUAGCAAAGGGAUGUCACCUAUUCGAACGGUGGAUACCAGGAACGAUUACGAAUGGAGACCAACUGCUCGCGAAAUGCGAUCUGAAAGUUGUGGACAAGGACGACACCGAAAUCACGUCUGGGUUUGAGACUAAGGUGGAGGAAUGGACUGCGCUCAAGCCAGACUUGGUUGUGUGCUUGAAUCCGUUGGAGAACUACAUCAUGUUACAUGAGUGCGGUCUGAACAACAUACCCACAAUGGGCAUUAUUGACACGGAUGCCGACCCCACUUGGGUUACGUAUCCAAUACCUGCAAAUGAUGAUAGUAUCCGGUGUAUUCAAGUAAUAGCAGGUGUGCUUGGGCGUGCUGGUGAAGAGGGCCAGAAGAAAAGACUUGAAGCCGCAAGGACAGGUACAGUCACUUGGCUACCACCACCUGGUCUUGGAAGACCGGAGGUUGGUGGCGAAGCUGAGAAGGCGUCUUUCGCAGCAAAAUCUGCACAGUCUACUGUGGUUCAAGGAAAUAGCGAGGCAUCACCAGUUUUCACACGGCAAAUUGGCGACUCCCCCGAAUUAUAG